CGCACUGACCCUACAAGAAUUCCAAUCCGGCACAUUGUUGAACUACAACUUGUUUGAUAACCUCAAAGGAGAAAAUAAUUACAAUUUAAAGGUAACUUCCCCAAAUGGCGGCCCUGAUAUAAAUGCAAAGUUCAACUGGUGGGGCAGUAAAGAGCGAACACAAAUACUAGUCAGUAUAUAUGACAACAAGAGAGACCCUUCCGUUGGUGUAUUAGAUAUUUUCCCCUACCUACUUUCCCAUAAUUACUCAGAUGUGUCAACUGAAGACAACUUUUUCCGGCCUGGUGGUAGCAUCGGAGGUGAAAUUAAGGGAAACGUAACUCUCAGAUGUGAUGACAGUCCAUACGACGUCAUGUCAGACAUUGUAGUUAUUGAGGAUGCGUUGCUACUUAUUGAACAAUGUGUUGUGCUCAAAUUUGAUGAGAAUAUAGGCAUUCGAGUUAAAGGUGAAAUACAUAUGAAUGGAACAGCAGAAAAGCAAAUUCAAUGUAUCCCUAAAACACCUGACGUCAAAUGGACUGGUAUAAGCAUUGUGACUGAGGAUCGUGCCAAUAUUGACGGAAGACUUCGCUUGGUAGGUGAUACUACAUCGGGAAGACUUGAGGUAUUCUAUGAUGGUCAAUGGGGCUCUGUUUGUGACGAUGGAUUUGAUAUGAAGGAUGCUAUGGUUGCCUGCAGACAUC